AUGGGAGUGAAAGGUGACGUCAGGCAGGUACACAAUGUCCGCUUCGCUGAUGGCAUCGUGCGCAUGACAUCUAGCAGCAGCGAUGCGGAACGAAUGCUGGCAGAAUUUGACAAAAAGUAUAAAAAGAUCAGUCCUCAGCUGGAUUUGGAAAAGACUAUGUCCAUGAACAACGGAUUUGAUAUCGCAUUCGAUGCAUUUGAUGCGUUGAAGCCGAGAGAAAGAAUACCAAUGCUCUGGCUAGGGGCGUCGAAGUCAGGAAACGAACUUAGUGGCUUCGGGGCUAGGUAG